CCCCUCGGGCCUCGUGUCGCCAUGCUGGUGCUGCUGGCAAGGCAACGCGACGCAACACCGCUGCGAGCCUCUUUUGCACGCUCCGACAUGGCAUGAGCGGCACACCGUCUCGGGCCUUGGCCCCCCGAGCGGUGCAUGCAAGCACCAAGCUUUGCUUUGCAUUCCAAACGCAUAAGACUUGUAGGCUACCCAAGCCAUGUGCCAUCCCACGCCCGCCUGAGCUAAACAAAGUACGCGACCAUGACUGCGCCGCCCAGCACCCUGCUCUCCCUUGUGCGCACAAUCACCCAUCUUGGGGACGCCUUCGACGCGGCCAAUGGCUUCGCCCACCAAGAGACGCGCUGUCAGCUCGUCGAUGCGGCCGAGAAGCUCGCCAUCGCCGCCCGCUAUCCAGACGAGAAUGUCUUCUUUGCCGUGACGCGGACCACGCAAAACGCCUGCAUUCGCAUCGCCUGCGCCCUCAACAUCUUUGCCGUCGUGCCCUGGAGCAACUCGGCAGCCGAAUCCCCCCCAGCAAGCAUCAGCGUUGCGGAUAUCGCCUCGGCGGUCGGUGCAGAUGGCGUCGUGGUGGCUCGAAUCAUGCGCGCUCUCGCUUCGUGCCACAUCUUCACCGAAACCGGCCAGGACGCAUAUGCACAUAAUCAUCUGUCACGUGCCUUCCUGGUCCCUGAAUCGCUAUCCAUGUUCAGCGAGAUCUACGACAUGGCAGGCAAAGCGGCCUUUGCCCUACCCGACUUCCUCGCCAAAACACAGUACAAAAACCCGGACGACUACAACCACUCCGCCUUCCACCUGGGCGCCCAUACCGACUUGGGCUUCUGGGAGUAUCUCCAGGCCGACGAGAGCAAGUUCCAAGCCUUCAACAACGGCAUGCGCUCACAGGCCACGGUCAAGGAAUUCGAUAGCUCAUAUCCUUUCGAGGCAGAGCUCAAUGCUGUCCCGCUGGCACAGGACGAAGUCGUUUUGGUCGAUGUUGGCGGCGGCCGGGGCCACGCUCUCGAACGCAUCAAGCAACGCUUUCCCGGCCUGAAGGGGAAACUUGUGCUCCAGGAUCAGGCGCCCGUCAUCAAGGACGCCGUCGCGGGCGGUCUGUCGCCAGCGAUCGAGGCUCAGGCUGCGUCCUUCUUCGAGCCGAAUCCUGUGAAAAAUGCACGCGCCUACUUCUUCCGUCGCGUUCUGCAUGACUGGUCGGAUGCCGUGUGUCAAAGCAUCCUUCAGAACACGGCCGUUUCCAUGGGGCCAGACAGCAGGGUCCUGAUUGCCGAAUACGAGGUACCGGCUACGGGUGCGCCUGCUAAGCUUACCAUGCAAGACGUUAAUAUGAUGGGUAUUGGUGGCUGUGAACGCACAGAGGACAUGUGGGCCAAACUGCUCGAUUCGGCGGGCCUGAAGCUAGAAAAGAUGUGGCGCACGCCUGGGUCCAACUUUGUCGUGGUCGAAGGGCGUUUGCACGAGGCAUGAGUAGACUGCUAGAUUUCCUCUCGAGCGAGCUAGUUCACAUACAGUAGACCGAAUCUGACUUUGAAUCCCGA